UGCUCUCUCCUUUAUUUCUCUCUUCUCUGUAUUUCUUUCUUAUUCUGCAUAGCAUUUUUUUUGUGUGGGUUAAGUUUUGUGCAUAGCCCUAGUCUUAAAGCUUAGUCUCCAUAAGAGAAGAUGGAUGUUCCACGGCCAGCUUUCAAAUGUUUCGAUGACGAUGGCCGGCUUAAACGUUCAGGGACGGUUUGGACCGCGAGUGCGCAUAUUAUAACGGCGGUGAUUGGAUCUGGUGUUCUAUCGCUUGCAUGGGCCAUUGGUCAACUCGGUUGGAUCGCAGGUCCUGCUGUGAUGUUCUUGUUCUCUUUUGUCACUUACUACUCUUCCACUCUUCUUAGCGACUGCUACAGAACUGGAGAUCCUGUCUCCGGGAAGAGAAACUAUACUUACAUGGAUGCUGUCCGAUCAAUCCUAGGUGGGUUUAGGUUCAAGAUCUGUGGGCUUAUUCAGUAUUUGAAUCUCUUCGGUAUCACGAUAGGUUACACAAUCGCAGCAUCUAUAAGUAUGAUGGCGAUCAAGAGGUCCAACUGUUUCCACGAGAGCGGUGGGAAGAACCCGUGUCACAUGUCGAGCAAUCCAUACAUGAUCAUGUUUGGUGUUACCGAGAUCUUGCUCUCUCAGAUCAAAGAUUUUGACCAGAUUUGGUGGCUCUCCAUUGUUGCUACGAUCAUGUCCUUCACAUACUCUGCAAUCGGUUUAGCGCUCGGAAUCAUUCAAGUCGCAGCAAAUGGGGUCGUCAAGGGAAGUCUCACAGGGAUUAGCAUAGGGGCAGUGACUCAGACACAGAAGAUAUGGAGAACCUUUCAAGCACUUGGAGACAUUGCCUUUGCUUACUCAUACUCUGCUGUACUUAUCGAGAUUCAGGACACUGUAAGAUCUCCUCCAGCGGAAUCAAAAACGAUGAAGAACGCCACAAGAAUCAGCAUCACCGUUACAACGACGUUUUACCUGCUAUGUGGUUGUAUGGGCUAUGCCGCUUUUGGAGAUGCAGCACCGGGAAACCUUUUAACCGGUUUUGGUUUCUACAAUCCGUUUUGGCUUCUCGACGUGGCCAACGUUGCCAUUGUAGUCCACCUCGUAGGAGCUUACCAAGUCUUUGCUCAGCCCAUUUUCGCCUUUAUUGA